CACAGAAAACAGGCAGGAUGAUCCAAGUAAGCGAAAGGCUAACGUCGAUAUUUUACAGAGUCGAUCAAACCAAUUAAUUAAACCGAAAAAUUUAACCCGAUUCAAAGUAACAACGUCGAUACCUUAUGUUAACGUCUUGGUUAUCCAACUGAACGAUGUCAACCCCAGCAAGACGGCGUUUGAUGAGAGAUUUUAAACGUCUCCAGGAGGAUCCUCCAGCAGGUGUUAGCGGAGCCCCGUCGGAAAACAACAUCAUGGUCUGGAAUGCUGUCAUUUUUGGCCCUGAAGGAACACCAUUUGAAGAUGGAACUUUCAAACUCACAAUAGAAUUUACAGAAGAAUAUCCAAACAAACCUCCUACAGUUCGGUUUGUUUCCAAAAUGUUUCACCCUAAUGUUUAUGCAGAUGGUAGUAUAUGUUUGGACAUUCUUCAGAAUCGCUGGAGUCCAACAUAUGAUGUUUCCUCAAUUUUAACCUCGAUACAGUCUUUAUUGGAUGAGCCGAACCCAAACAGCCCUGCCAACAGCCAGGCGGCUCAACUGUAUCAGGAAAACAAGCGAGAGUAUGAGAAACGUGUGUCCGCCAUUGUGGAACAGAGCUGGCGUGACUGUUGACCCUCCUCACAGUUCACAACGAUGAACAAUAUUCAGCCUCAGCCACCAAGAAGAAAACCACCUUGCAAAGAAUAAAUUGAAAAACAUGUCAUGUUUCAAAUCAUUCUCCACGUACUCAGUAGAGUUGUCUGUUCUGUAGCUGUUGCAAGAUUAGAGUGCUGUUGUGUUGUGGUCUCCCUCUUCAUGGAGAAUGUUAUCUUGGAUAAGGAUAAACCCUAAUUUAACAAAAUAUUAUCUCUAGGGUUACUUUCUUUUAUUUGGCCUGCCCUCAUAUUGGAAUUUUGUCUUUAUCUUAAUUCUUGGGUUUAUAAGCUGUUUGUCAAGCGAAGGAUUUUAUUUGGUUGGGUAUUAAUGUUGUUGGUUUCGGUAUUCGAUAUGAAUCCAAGUUUAAGUAUCCUUGUUUGUUUUUUUUUAUCUCAAAACAAGUAUCAUAAUGUAGCGUAUGCCACUUUUCAUUUUAAGUUCUAAUCAGCAAGAAAGAUGGAUGAAAGUUGUCUUGAAUGGAAAGCAUACUUGUUUCUGAAAUUUAAGGAGAGCCUAUAUUGCUGCACUUGGGAAACUGAUCUUUCAAUCGAUACAUUAUUGAAUUGCAAUGUACAACAUUUUGGAAUUGGCCCUUUUUAAUCAUGUACAAGUGGUUUGUGCUCUUUCAAUGCUCAACAGCUCAUAUGGCUGUUCAAGGUUCUGCCUAAAGACAUAUCUAUUGACACUGUGCUAGUAUGUUAGCAGUAGUUGUUUAAAAUUACAGUGUCCCACAAAGCCCUUUGCCUCCAAGCACUGGACUCAGAACAUUACAAAUUGGCAGAGUUGAGUGAGUGCAGAUCUUUUUUUUUCUUCUUUUUUUAUGUUUACUUUUGUGUCUGUUGCACCCCAGUUGCAUGAUUUUCUUGCUUGUUUUCCUCCGUUCCAAGUGCCGUUUAACUCAUCAGUGUCACAUGAACAUGCUUUCUUACAGUGUCCAUUUUAAAUUUAUCAAAAGUUUCACAAAAGUUCAAAAGUGUCAGAUUUGCACUAGUAACCCAUGUAAGAAACUACAUUUUAUCACUUCUUGUAAAUAAACCGUAAAACAUAA